AUGAACCUUGUCGAGCGCAGCAACAAACGUCACCUGACGACAGUGCGCAAACCCGCGGUCGUUGAUACGAGGAAAGGCUGUUCGGUGAACGAAGUCACCAGCGGCUCCGAUUCCAGCACCGACGUGCGAUCGUGCAAGACCGUUUACAGAAAUCGAUGCAAGAAAUUCGUGGUGUCCGACACCUCCACGAGCAUCGCCCCGUUUUCCGACUCGGCCAAAGAUGAUCGCGAACCGAUCGUCCGUAAACGUCUGUCCGAGAGGAGGGACGAGAAAGGAGAUCUUUCGUUCCUGGACACCGACGCGGACUCGCGGAAGGAGAACGACGAGUCGUCGACGAAGACGCGGAAGAAGAAGAAGAGAAGAAGGUUCUUAACGAUAUGCACGAGCAACUGCAAAUACGAAGCGGUGAGACGCGUGGCGGCGCGCUUCGGGAUGAAGGAGGUGACCGAGGACAGCAGCUGGAAUCUCUACUGGACGGAUCUCAGCGUGAGCGUGGAACGAGCGAAGGACAUGAAGAGGUACCAGAAGGUCAAUCACUUCCCGGGGAUGACGGAGAUAUGCAGGAAGGACCUGCUCGCUCGAAAUUUAAAUCGCAUGCUUAAGCUCUUCCCGAAGGACUACAAUUUCUUUCCGAAGACCUGGUGUUUCCCCGCCGACCACGGAGAAGCCAUAGCCUACGCGAAACUGAGACGCUCGAAAACGUUCAUUGUUAAGCCCGACACGGGCUGUCAGGGACGCGGGAUUUAUCUGACGAGGAACUUGAAAGACAUCAAGCCUACCGAGCGCAUGAUCUGCCAAGUGUACGUGGCCAGGCCAUUUCUGGUGGACGGAUACAAGUUCGACCUCCGAAUUUACGCGCUGAUUACCUCCUGCGAUCCCCUCAGGGUGUACGUGUACAACGAUGGCCUCGUGAGAUUCGCCACGAGUCGUUACAAGGAACCCACGGGACACAACACGUCCAACGUGUUCAUGCACUUGACGAACUACGCCGUCAACAAGCACAGUCGAAUGUACGUGAUCGACGACGAAAUCGGUAGCAAAAGGAAGAUAUCGACCCUGAACAAGUGGUUGAUAAUGAAGAACGUCGACGUGGACGACCUGUGGCACAAGAUCGACGAGAUCAUUAUCAAAACGAUCCUCGCGGCCUAUCCUAUUCUCAAGCACAGCUAUCACACGUGUUUUCCCACCCACGACAAAACAUACGCGUGCUUCGAGUUGCUGGGCUUCGACGUGCUGAUCGACUGGAAACUGAAGCCGUACCUUUUGGAAGUUAAUCACUCGCCGAGCUUUCACACGGACGCGCAAAUCGACAAGGACAUAAAGGAGGGCUUGCUGAUGGACACGUUCGAGAUGCUGAACUUGCAGCAGUGCGACAAGAAGAAGAUCAUCGAGGAGGACAGGAAGAGAGUCAGGGAUCGACUGCUUCAAGGAGUGACCUCAAAGGACGGCAGUUCGAACGACUCCGCCCUUGGUACGACGAAGCUGGACAAACCAGAGGAUUACCUGCACAGACAAUUCAAAUGGGAGGACGAGCACAUGGGCAAUUUCCGUAGAAUCUACCCGUGCGUCGACAGCGAAAAGUACCAGCUGUUCUUCAAGCAGAACAGCGUCUCCGUGUUCCAAGACACGGUGGCGUCGAGGGCACGGGAGGAAGCGUCGAGGAUCCAAAAGGAGGAGAACGAGACGAGAAUCAGGGAACAGGACAGCAAGAAGGUCACGGCUAAAUGGAGCGACUCUAAAUUACACUCCGAGAGUCUAAACGUAGCGAACUCGGCAGCUUCCAGCAAUCAGCAGAGAAACAGGUCUGCGACCGCGACGAAGAAGCGCUUACCUCCUACGAACGUGAAGAACGAGACCUCGUUACCCGCGACGAACACCUUGUACUCGUUCGAGCCGGAGAUCAUCUGCGAAUCGGAGGAAAGGGAGCGCGUGACGGCGCUGGCUCAAAGGGAUUUCCUGAUCAAGAGUUACGGGAUGCUGGAGCAGAUCUACAUGGCGAUGAAGAGGAACGGCACUUUGCGAGCCAAUGACGAGAAGAAGUACGGGCUUUACGGGAGGCUCGGUUACGCGGAUAAUGCGAGCAAGAGCGCGACCCUGUGCAGACACAAGUGCCAUCGUCAUCAAGACGACGUGGAGGCCAGUCACUCGUCGCAGUAUUGCCUGAAAGCAAGUAAAGUGUUUGAUUUCGAAGUGACCUGCAACGAGGCACCCGUUUACGUUCGUCCGAAGAUACCGCGAAAAUUUUGGAUGGACGAGUUGAAUUCGAACGACCAAGCCGGCAGGAUCACCAAGGCUCACGUGGCACGCACCCUGUCCAACAUAGUGCGUCUGCACACCCUCGAACGACGGAGGGAGUUCGAUUUGUCGAAAUUGUAGAGAUUAUGGCACAAUGGACUACUUUGUAAUUCUCUGGAAAUAUCAAAAUUCUAUGUUACGUAAUGUAAAGAAAAGGAACGUUCUAGCCUUCUCCAAGCAGUGGCACCAUUUCCAAAACAAAACAAAACAUUUCGUGCGUCCGAAAUACAUGGACAAUCGAAUUUUGUAUUACGUUUAAUUGAUCCCUUUUUUUUUUUAUCGAUUUUGAUUCGUUGAAUGUUUAUUGUUUCUUAAAGAAAGCCGUUUGGCAAAUUACGUGCUUGCAAGACUCCCGCACUGAUAAAUAAAUAUUUGUUACGUAUUACUGUACUGCGAACAACGCAAAAGAAUAAAAAAAAAAAAAUCGCAAAAAUUCAUAAAACAUAAUUGUAUAAUUUAUUCGAAGUAAAAUUUAGUAUAAACGGAAUAUUUAAAACGAUACAAGAAAAAUAUAUUUCUACGAUAAACUUCGAUGAUAAAUAUAUUUAUAUAGAAAGAGGUGUUCAAGUUAUUCGUAUUUUUCAUUAAUUCAGAGGAGGGAAGAAUCGUGGUAUCGAGUCUUGAAACGUACCCUUCGAUGAGCGGAUGUUUCGCAGGGUAUACAUAAAAACAAUAUAAAAACCAACAUGGUAUGGAUUUGUUAUUUAAAGUGCCAUAUAAAUAUGUACAACGAGUGAACAUGUACACGCCGCAGAAAAAAAAAAGAAAAGAAAACUAGAAUAAUUCCGCACGCAUCAAUCGCGUAACGAAACGGUGAGAUACGCACGCCAAUUUGCAAUACAUGUAACAAUCUUUAUUGCUGAAUAUAUAUAUAUAUAUUCAGAGAUCACAUGAUAGAAAAUAAUGCACGAACAGUACUGUUCUGUGUAUUUCGUCAUUUCGAUUUUCUCUUGUUCGAACAUCCGCAGUGUAACGACGAGAAAA